AUGUCACUAAAUUGGGCAGACCCAGUUGAUAAUAGCACGGAGAAUGUAGAAGCGACGGAGGUAUUCCGGGGAUUUAAUAUUGAUCUAUUUCUGAAUCCAAUAUGGUCGAAGACAGGUGACUUCCCGUCUAUAGUCAAGAAAGUCGUGGCCAAGAAGAGCAAACAGCAAGGCUUUAGUAAAUCUAGACUUCCCGUGUUAAGUCCCCAAGAAAUCAAACUGCUGAGAGGUUCGGCAGAUUUCCUAGGUAUAAAUCACUACACGACCGUGUUAGUGAAAGAGUCCGGCAAAAAUAUCCAUUCGCCGUCGUUCGAAAAUGAUGUUGGAGUUGAGGUUGAGCUCGGGGAGAAAUGGAAACAGGCACAGUCCUCGUGGCUUAGAAGCGCUCCAUACGGUCUGUACAAAUUAUGUAUAUAUAUAAACCAAAAUUAUGACUACCCGACCAUAUAUAUAACGGAGCACGGCUGGUCGACUAAGACGGGGCUGUGGGAUCGAAGCCGGGUGGAGAACAUGAGGCACUAUAUGAACGCGCUACUUCUCGCUAUUGAAGAUGGCACUAAUGUUAAAGGAUAUACAGCUUGGAGUCUGAUGGAUAACGUGGAGUGGCAGGCUGGUACAAGUGAACGUUUCGGCCUGUACGAAGUUGAUUUUGAGUCGAAAGAUAAGAAAAGAACGGCGAGGAUGUCAGCUCUCGUGUACAAACGGAUCAUUCAAACGAGAAUCGUGGAGGAAGAUUGGGAACCGAAGCAUUUAAACAUCGACACACUUCAAAGAGACGAAUUAUGA